UCUAAAGUCUGAAGCAUCAACUCCAUUCAAAUUCUCCUUCUCCCCCAGCAGUGAAUCUUUCACACUGGAAGCCGGUAGUGGAGAAUGUUGACAGCUGUGCUGAUUUUCAGAGUCACUUACUCUUGGCUGACUGAUUCUGUGGCAUUUCAGUUCAUCAUCGUGGGGGCAGGAAAGCUUGAAAACAAGCUCAAAAGUUAAGGAGACUUGGGGUGGGGGAGAAAAAGAACUUUCACUGCAAGGCAAAAGUUCCAAUUCCCUAAUCAGCAUGGUCUUUAUAUCUAUGAUAAUCCUAAUUGCUACAGGUUAUAGCCCAGUUUUAACAUGUCAGUUUCCCACCGACUGGAGACCCAUGAGUGAAGGCUGCAGGGCUGAACUGGCUGAGAUUAUAGUCUAUGCCCGGGUCCUGGCCAUUCAUCAGGACAUGUACAAUGUGUAUAACUACCUCCCGUGGCAGUAUGAGAGCAGUUUGUUCUACUCGGCGGAGAUUGAGAUGUUGUGUGACCAGGCGUGGGGCAGUAUGCUGGAGGUACCUGGAGGAUCCCGUCUCAACCUCACCGGUCUGGGCUACUUCUCCUGUCAGUCCCACACAGUCAUUGAGAACAACAGCUAUUUCAUCUUCCUCAGGAUGGAUGACAAUUAUAACAUAAUUCCCCAUGGAGUUAAUUUUCAGGAUGCCAUUUUUCCAGACACGACUGAGAACAUGAAGAUGUUUUCCAGUCUCUUCCAAUUCUCUAAUUGCACACAAGGGCAACAUUCACUCGAAACGUAUGCUUCUGACUGGGAAAUCCAGGAGGAUCAUAGGCUCAUGUGUUCUACGGUGCAGAAGGCACUUUUUGAAGAGGAAGACCGGGUGAAGAAAUUGAUCAACAGAGUUGCCAUGCUGGAAAACCGCAACAGGCAGCUGAAGGACAAGGUUAAGAGAGUGAAACGCACCCUGCGGCAGGUGAAGAAGAACAGCCGUCGCAUGGAGCAACUGAACAAAAAACUGCUGGAGAAAACAGCAACCCCGCAUUAUGUCAAACCCGACUCCAACUCUGAAAGCAUAACAUUCAGGCAGAGCACAGGGCAUUGAAUUUGUUACACCUACUUUUGCUUGCCUUGUAAGUUACUCAGCGAGCUAACACAGGAGGUGCUGGGCACUUCGGAUAGCUCAAUCACUGUACACAUGUCAGUGAUCGUCACCAAAGACCACUAGGAGACCCUUCAGCCAGUUAUGAAUAGUUUAUAACCUCAUCACUUUCUUUAAGGAGAGGAAUGGAAAACCAGGACAUGUUAUUGCGCACAGUAUUAAUCACUAUUUUACUUAGGUCAAUAUGUGCUGAGUAUUUCUUGCUUUUGCUGCACUGAUGCCUUUUGAGAAUUAUUUGAGUUUAUUCUUGUAAUUGAGGAAUAAAUGACCCCAUACUUAGCAGCACCAUUGUUGGUAUGUAAGGUGUAGACAAUAUCCAUUUGUUUAAUGCUUUUUUGAAAUGGAAACACAGGAUUCCUUUGUGUGGACAACAGUAUGACAGUGAUGCUGCAGAAAGCACGGCAAUUCUUUAGUCCUCUGUAAACCUCUUGACACAUUUACACGCAAUAUGAAUUUUGAAGCCUAUAAUGGUGAAGUUAUCUUGUACAUUAGCAAGUGUAACUAAGUUUAGACAGUUUCACAACUAUGGCCUUUAUCUGAUUUCUGAUCUAUUUGUAGGAUGUUUUCUACAUAUUUCAAUAAAAAUAUAUACUUUGCUAAUUA